GUCCUUUUCUCCUUCAUUCGGUGCUAUCCCGCAGGCAAGCUCCAAUUCAAUUGCAACGAGAGCCUGAUGCUUUCUCUCUCUCGGAUUUCCUCUUUGGUUACCAUGGCAUCAUCCUCAACUGCUCUGUCAUCCCUGGCAACUUGUCCAAGCACAGUAUCUGGGACAACAUCUGUUCGAUCUACCGCGGAAUUGAGCGCUGCAAAGAGUUCAAGGACGCUCCGCCUCCGGUCAAGUCCGUGCGCCUCCUCGAGCUACUGCUGCGUUUGGUCAGGCCGAGAUCCAACGUCUUUGACAACAUGCUCGUCGUCACAGCUCCAGCCAAUGUGAAACACUUUGCGUUGCUACUACCACCCUUGGAAGCUGGCGGGAAGCAUGGAGGAGCACGAGUGGAUGCUGGAUUGUCUGGAUAUAGUUGUGGCGAGCCCCCAAGAGGCUCGCAAGCUGAAGGCCAGCAUGACACUUCUAGCGCUUGUUCUUGUUGACGACGACAACCCCGAGUUUUUCAGCCGAGUUAUGGACCUGGUAGAGUCCCUCCUGUUUUUCAGUCUCCCGGUAUCACUGAAACCUUCCCCUUGCAGGUUUGCCUUCCUUGUUUAGCCUCACCCAAACUUUUGUAUUUUCAGGCCUGCCAAGGUGGAUGUAAUCAAUUACCUUGCUCCCUGGGAAGCGAUCAACAUGAGCAAAGAGCUAUUGCGGGCUAUAGAGUUGUCACUCCCAGAAGCAGCGUGUUGCUCUGGUUUCCUUGACCCGUGCUUCUGCAAUGCGGUCCAGAAUUUCUCCGUGUUUCGACGCAACGUUGUGUGCCAGGACUGGUCUGGCAUCCUGGCCUUCAUGCCGGGCCUCAUUCCCGAUUCAACAAGCACCGCCUCAAUAGUUCUCGCUCCAGGCCACCGGAUUCCUCAGCUUUUGGAGCUGUUGCAGGCCUUCGUGGACGUCCUGGGACUGUUUGAAGUUAAGGUGACUUACCUCAGCGAGCCAGCGAUCAUGAAUGAACUUUCACCCGGAAUUGUAAUCGGGACUCCGGACAGGAUGCAGGAAGCACUGUGCGGGGCCAGCACGACUUGGAAGCCACACAGAGCGGUCCUGGUGGAGACGGAUGUGAUUCUUUCGACACACAAAGUACAUGUGGAGGCAAUAUGCUCCAUCCUUUGGAGCCGAGACGUGAUCUUGGGGAUCCACUCCCUAAACCCAUCUCCCGACGUAGAAGACAUUGUAACAAGGUUUUGCAAGGGCGAGACUGCAAGGAUUCCCAGGCCAGGCAUCACCUUAAGCUCAGUCAAGCACUUCUAUGCAGCUGUCAAGAGCGCCAGUGACAAGCUCGCCAAGCUCGGGGAAGUGUGGAAGUUGUUUCGGAUCAGGAGCGAUACAGUGACAGUGUACUGCAACUCGGUAUCGCAGGUGGAACUGGUUGCUUCUGGGAUGGAAAGUGCGGGUUUUGAAGUGGCUGCAACACACACUGGCAUGCCACAGCACUGCAUUGAAGAGACGAAUCGGGCUUUUUGCCAGCGUGGUUUGCUUCUAAUCACCAACAUAAUCUACAGUGGAAGGCAGCAUGUUAUCAACUUUGACAUGCCCGAGUCCGCGGAUAGGUAUUUGGCGAGAGCAGGCGUGCACAGGAUUCUUUGGACGAGAAAGGUGGUGAGCAUCUGCUCUGAGCUUGAAGUUUGUUUGCUGCACGAGUUUGAAAGGAGCCUUGGUUUUGAGGCUGAUCUCCUGGUUGCAAGAGACCAUCGUCUGAAUGGAAAGAAGCCACCGCAGAGAAAGAGGUAAGAAAAAGAGAAAGCUGGUCAUCCCUUGUUGUAAGAAUUAAAACUAAACAUCUGCCUGCAAAGGGUAAUCACGGAGCA